CCAUUACCGCUGUCGGGAUCACGUGACCCAUCCAUUGACAAACGUCGCUUCGCCGUCUCCGCAUACGAGCUCGGCCCGCGGGCAGCAGAGUGUUCACACGCACAGUCGGAAAGCACAAAUCACGCGGCCACCGUACCGUUGGGCAAAAUUUCGCGUCACGCGGCCACGAAAUCGAUCAAGCGGGCGCGACACACGGCUCUGUUGUUCGACAUAUUGCGUUAUCCUUCUCGGCGCCAGGCUGGCUUCUGAUUGGCCCAGACUGGCAGCCGCCAUAGCCGUUUCAAAAGGCGAAAGAUCGUCGCACCAGCUAAUCUCAAAGUUUGCGGCGACGGCCGUGCCUUGACACCAGCCGUAGGAAGCAAAGGCUUUAAUCGAGCGGGCCAGAAUUGCGAUGCAAACGUGAUCGGCCAUUAAAAAAGUGAUCCUUCUGGUAUCCGAAAAUAAUGGCCACCUUAGCCAAUCAGAGCGAGCCUUUCAAACGAGCGGGAAAACUCGCGCCACCUGUCAAUGCGCUGACACAACUUGUAUCUCUAAACAUGGCAUCCGCCGCACCGGUCGGCUGCAUGUACCGAGUGACGCCGAUCUACCAAGAAAUCGCCUCCGUCGAGCUCCCGACUUGCAUGUACAGGGUGGCGAGCGUGUACGGCGGGACCUCCGCUGCCAACAUGCCGAACGGUGUGAUGCCCAUCAACGACACGGGUGACAUGGUAGCCGAGCUAGAACGCCGGCAACAGCAGCUAAUAGAGAGGUUGAACCACCUGAAGGGGCUUGUGGACAACGUUGCGGCCAAGUCGACUUCUCGGCAACCCAUUCCUGGUGGAACAGCUGAAACGGCGACUGUCCCCGCUAGAGCACCGAUGCAGGUCGGCAAGAGGACGGGCUCCCUCGUGGACAUUGUCGUCAACGCGUCGCCCGACCAUCCGCCGUGGAGCCUCUGGCCCCUGCGUCGCCUCUUGUCGCAGCACAUGCGGGUGCUGUUUGCAUGCCACACGCAUUCGUCUGUGGGCGCCUUGCCCGCAAACCUGAGCUUCCUGACGGCCGGCCCCGACAGGGGUCCCUUGGCAGAAUCGCGCAUGUCUCACGACCUCGCCCUCACCCUCGUGUGGAAGCAAGUGGACGAGAACUGCGAAGUCAUGGUGAGCCCGAUGCUCCAGGCGGCCAUUGUGGGAGAGGUGAAUCUCAUCAGGUACCUCGGGCGUCUACUGAGCCCCUCUUACGAGUCGGGAGAUGCGGUGACCGCGACGGAGAUGGACUACUGGCUCUCGUUGGCUCACCACGGCGUCAUCCACGGCAAGAACAAAGAACAACAAGCCGUUCUCAAGGCCCUCAACGCACAACUGGGCAGGACGCCCUACGUCCUGGGUUCAGUGCCAGGCCUCGCCGACAUCGCCCUUUGGAGCGCAUUACUGCAGGCCAAUCUCGCAUGCGGGGCUCCCAACAACGUGAAGAAGUGGUUGAAGACGCUCAGCGCGAACCCCAUCUUUGCGCUACCCGAGGGGUGUCACGUCCUAAGCGAUCUAUGAAAGAAUCCAAAUAGAAGUGUUAGGAACAGAAACUUCGCCUGGACGAUUACGUACAUUCGGGGGUGAAACGUUUGGGUUCUCAUCUUGUUAGCCUCGUGCAACUAAUAAAGGGUUAGGAAUAAUUAAUGGUUUACUGACAGUUCUCAGGUACUGAAAGCCAUAGAGUUUCCUACAAUACUGACUAGAAGGAACUGGGGCGCUGUCAUUGAUCAGCCACCAUAGGAAUGAUAAAAUGAUAAGGUACACUCAGACCUCAUUAUAACAUAGUCAGAUCUGUCACAAAAAUACUUUGUUAUAUCCGAAAAUUCAUUAUAAACUUAUAUUUGUAACACCAUGGCAAAGCCAUUCUCUUUGUUAUAAAUAAUUGAUUUCGUCAGUACUUGUUUUGUCAAGGUUUGAGUGUAUGUACAUGGGUUGGCUAGGUCCCCACGCUUGUGGCUUUGUUUAUCAUUGUGUGCUGGCUUUUGUUCUGAAUAAACGAACGACUUCUUGUGAACCUCGUGAGCCGUCAGGGUGGUAAGGUUGGGCUGCUGAACUUUUGCUGAAAUUCAUGUGGCUACAAUGCAGCUACAGGCCACUCGAAGCCGAAAGAACAAAGCAUAGGCAAAUCCAUGUACUGUCUAUCCUUCUUGUGAUGGCUCAAGCGUUGUGCAUUGCAACUACCAUGGGCACCAGUGCCAGAUGUCCCUCCAGCAUAAUAUUAUGGAAGUCUAUGCUGAAAACCACUUGGUUUUUCGCUACCAAAAAGCGAUUUUUGAACGGGUCCAAUGUCAAAUUUUUUCCGUGGUUUAGUCUAGAUAUUAUCAAUUUCAUUCCGGUCUUCACAAGUAACUUACCAUGCUAGUUGGCUGUUGUGUUGCCUUUGUCGAUGCUCUGUUUCAUAUUAGUAUACCACUAUGUGGGCCCAGUGCUGCAGUAUUUCCUUUUUUGCUUUGUCUUGUCUCGUGAUUUGAUUGACAGAUACAUGCUGUCACUCCUGGUGAACAUUCACGGCUCCAUUACGAGCAGCGUAAAAAGUGUCGUGCAAUAAAAGAUGAAUAUCAAAAUGAA